AUGUCGACCUCAACCGCUUCCGCCUCCGCCGCCAACCUCCCAUCCGACUCUCGCUCGAGACCCCUCCGAAGACUAAGCCAGCUGCGCUCCUUCACUUCCUCGUCGUCAUCGACCAACAACAAUAACAACAAUAAUAACACCACCGCCACCAACAAUAAUAGCAACAGCGGCACCUCCCAGCGUUCUUCGUAUCGCAACUCCCUGACAAAUCGGGUUCCUUGGCUUUCGUCGUCCUCCCACCAGCAGCACACUUCCGCCGCCGCUGCGCCCGGUUCAGAAUCUGCAACCACCACCUCUCCCACAAACGCUUCGCACUCAUGUCCUGAAUCUGAACGUCAGUCUACACUUGCUCGCUACAGCUCGGUCUUUUCUUCAAAUCGUGGGAUCGAUUCCGACCGACGUUCACAGAACUCUUCUUCAUCCAGAGAGACCCCAACAAACGAGUCCAGUUCCAAUCAGCAACCGCAAGGGGCCAUGGCACGUCUUAGAGGUCUGACGCAGACUGGAGACUCGCGGGGUAACAACGAGAAUGCUAGCAACAACAACCACGCUACGACUGCUACUAAUGAUGCUCCUUCGUCGGGACCGGACAACGUAGAUGGAGCCGUCGAUUCGUCUGACCCAGCGGCGGCUGAAGACCCGUCCGCCAACUCAGCGCAGCCCAAGCAGAAGCCCACCAUGCGUUUCUUCCCGUACCAAGAUCCUCUGCAGAACUCCCGACCGUCCUUGACCUUUAUUCCCAUCUCCCGCACUCUCCCGUCGGAAAGCUGUGUGAUUCGCGUCGGUCGAUACUCAGAGCGGGAUGGGAUCCCCAUCGCCAACCCAUCUGAGCCGUCAGACGCCCCUAUUGGAUUCAAGUCGAAGGUGGUGAGUCGCAAACACUGCGAGCUUAUCUUUAUGAACGGCCAGUGGCACAUCAAGGACGUGGGAAGUUCGUCGGGAACCUUUUUGAAUCACAUGCGUCUGAGCCAGCCCAACAUGACGUCCAAGCUAUACACCGUUAAGGAUGGGGACAUUAUACAACUCGGCAUCGAUUUUCGCGGCGGAGAGGAAAUGAUCUUCCGUUGUGUUCGCAUUCGGAUUGAGUGUAACCGAUCCUGGCAGCGUCAGCCCAACGAGUUCAAGUACGGAUCCCCCCCCCCCUUUUUUUUUUUCCAUAAAAACACCGAGAGCUUGAUUAAGAACUUGGGUAAAGGCAACACUGCGGAUUAUUCUGGCUGUCGCGAGUGUUCCAUCUGUCUGGGCUCUGUUCUGCGGCCGUAUCAAUGUCUAUUCAUGGCCGCCUGCGCUCACGUAUGGCACUACAAAUGCGUCAGUCGCUUGAUUCAUACUCCCGACUAUCCGAUUUUUCAAUGUCCCAAUUGUCGCGCAUACACGGACCUGAGCGCCGAGGUCGAUGACACAAACGACUUCGUGGAGGAGGAAGAGGAAGAAGAAGAAGAACAGAAAAACAGUACAUCGGAGAGACAACCAUCCACAGAGCAACAGGCCCAAUCGGAGUCUCAGUCACCCGCACCAGAGACCAAUGCGACCUCCAAUCCGGCCCAGGAAACUCCUACGCAGCCUGCAAACAGCAGCUCUGCAGAGUCUCCGGAGCACGGCAUGCCUGUUGAAGCGGGCUUGGCAGUGAACAUCGAAAACAUGCGCUUACAUGAAGCCGAAACACCUGUCCAAAGCGCUACUAACGCUAAUCCUGCGACGUCCGCUCCUACCUCGGACGUUGAAGGCGUUCCUCACAGUGCCAGUCUCGACAUUCCUGGUUCUCAGUCUGCAUCUCUGUCUCGGGGAACUCUCUUGAAUCGACCAGCACAGCUGACACUUGGCCGUGCGGAUUUGUCUGAUGACAAUCCGUUGACUCCGCGUAAUGACUCGGGACCUUUGGCCUUUGAUGGUUGGACGGGAAUACCUUGA